CUGACGAUUCCAUUGGUGAACAACAGCAGCCGAUUUUGAUGCAUCACGAGGGUGACAGAAUGAGGUCAGGAGAUUCUGGCGAGGCUGAUCGGAAAGAGGUUAUAGUGAAGAUCGACGGCGAGGAUGAGGGUGGCGGAGGCCGCAGCAGCAGCGCCGGUAGUGGUGUCGGCGGCAGCAGUGGUAGCCGUGGUAGCGGUGCUAGCAAGAUAUGGAGAGAAUCGAGCUAUGACUUCUGGAGAGAUGAGUGCGAGACUGAACGAAAAAGUGGUCCGAGAUUUCAGUUCCAGCAGCCGUUGGCGACGGAGGAUCCACCGUCUAAGCUGAUUGGCCAGUUCUUACACAAACAGAAAGCGUUGGGUGAUUUUUCUCUUGAUAUGGAUAUGGAGAUGGAAGAGCUGAGAAAUGAGAGGAAGAAGCCUCCGAUACCAGAGAGUACCAUGCACCCAAAGAUGUCGUCCAGGGAGAUGAAGUUAUCGUUUCAACACCUGACCACCGGAGCAGCUGAAAUGAGUUCUGAAUCCGUUAGAAGAUCCUACAUGGAUAAGGAUGUUUCUGGUGAAGAUGGCAUUAGACAAGUCAGUUGUGACAAUCCAGACGGUGAAGUUUUGAGGUGUACUUCAAACAUGGAGUUUCAAAGGAAGUCGAGUUUGUUAAGAAACAAGACCAAGUCAAGGUUGGCAGAUGGUCCAGAAUAUGUAAUGAAGUCCGGUUUAUUGCCCAAAACACGUCUGUUUCCAAGGUCUGGGGUGUUCAAAUCAGGAUUGUUGGGGAUAUCUGAGGAAGACGAAGAAGAUCCGUUCGUCGUGGAUGACCUACCCGAGGAGUUCAAGGGGUCAAACUUUAGUGUUUGGACUAUUCUUCAAUGGUUGAUUCUCAUUUUGUUGGUGGUACUAUUAGUUUGUAGUCUUACGAUACAUCCAUUCAAGGGUAGGAUUGUUUGGAAACUCAGGUUGUGGAAGUGGGAGGUGAUGGUUUUGGUAUUGAUAUGUGGUAGAUUAGUUUCUGGCUGGGGGAUACGGCUCGUGGUUUUCUUUAUUGAAAGAAAUUUUCUUCUGCGGAAACGGGUACUGUAUUUUGUGUAUGGAUUAAGGAAGGCAGUUCAGAAUUGUCUGUGGUUGGGUCUUGUUCUGAUUGCUUGGAAUAUCAUGUUUGAUAGGAAGGUUAAGAGGGAGACAAAGAGCAAUGCCCUUAAGUAUGUGACUAAGACUUUGGUAUGCCUCUUGGUGGGUGUCAUGAUAUGGCUACUGAAGAGCCUCAUGGUUAAGGUCCUUGCAUCUUCUUUCCAUGUGAGCACAUUCUUUGAUCGAAUUCAGGAGUCUUUAUUUGAUCAAUAUGUGAUCGAGACUCUAUCAGGUCGACCUUCGCUUGAGAUAGAGCACCAUAAGGAUGAGGAGCAGAGUGUUUUGGCUGAACUUACGAAGUUUCAGAAUGCAGGAAUUACAGUGCCCCCUGAACUCAAGGCAGCCGCCCUCCCGCCAUCGGGUCGGAGGGUGAUAGGGAGCGGAGGUCUCCAGAAAGGCUCUGUAGUAGAAAGUCUAAGACUUUCAGGGACAAUUUCAAAAAUGCAAGAUGAGGGGAUAACGAUUGAUGACUUGCACAAGCUUAAUCAUGAGAAUGUUUCUGCCUGGAACAUGAAGAGGUUAAUGCAUAUGGUGCGCCAUGAGUCCCUUGCUACACUGGAUGAGCAAAUUCAUGGUUCAACUCAUGAGGACGAGCCUGCCACCCAGAUUAAGAGUGAAAAUGACGCAAAAAUUGCCGCAAGGAAAAUAUUUCACAACGUGGCCAAGACAAAUUGCAAAUUCAUUUACCUGGAGGACAUAAUGCGCUUCAUGCGAGAAGAUGAAGCUUUGAGAACCAUGAGUCUGCUUGAUCAAGGAGCAUCCCACAGUGAGAAAAUCAGCAAGUCGGCCCUGAAGAACUGGGUGGUUAAUGCUUUCAGAGAAAGGAGAGCACUUGCCUUGACAUUGAAUGACACAAAAACAGCCGUUAACAAACUUCAUCAAAUGGUGAAUGUUGUAGUUUUCAUAAUCGUAUUGAUCAUCUCGCUUCUUAUACUAGGGAUUGCAACAAAGCAAUUCAUGACCUACUUAAGCUCUCAGCUUCUCCUAGUCGUAUUUAUAUUUGGGAACACCUGCAAAAAUAUAUUUGAAGCCAUAAUCUUCGUAUUCGUGAUGCACCCUUUUGAUGUGGGCGAUCGGUGUGAGAUUGAUGGAGUUGAGUUGGUAGUGGAAGAGAUGAACAUCUUGACUACUGUCUUUCUAAGAGCCGACAACAUGAAGAUCGUGUUCCCAAACAGCACUCUUGCUACAAGGCCCAUUGGCAAUUUCUAUCGUAGUCCUGACAUGGGAGAUGCAGUUGAAUUCCUCGUCCAUAUUGCAACUCCAGCAGAGAAGAUUGCCAUGAUAAGACAGAGAAUAUUAAGUUACAUGGAGAGAAAGAAAGACCACUGGGCUCCUUCACCCAUGGUUAUUAUAAAGGACUUGGAGGGUUUGAACCAGCUGAGGAUGGCAGUUUGGAUGGGCCACAAAAUAAACCACCAAAAUAUGGGGGAGAGGUGGACAAGGAGAUACCUUCUGAUCGACGAGAUAGUGAAAAUUCUGAGGGAGGUCGACAUUGAUUAUCGCAUGAUACCAUUGGACAUCAACGUCCGCUCCAUGCCCAUGCCAUCCCCUGUGACAUCCACUCGCCUUCCCCCUUCCUGGACAGCUAGUGGCGGUCGCUGAUCAAAAGCUUAUAUCCUUCGCUUCUAUUCAGGUCCUUGAGAGGCUUCAUGGAGAAUACAGAGCUGCUCGUAGGAGAAUGGACGGAGGGUGAUGUUCCAUUUCUUCAUCGAUAGAUUUUCAACUUUUCUUUUUUUUUUUUUUUUUUUUUUUUUUGUUAUCGUUUGCCAUAUUUCCCCUCUGCAUUAUGUAAAUCACUCGUUGCUUGUCAUUAUAGAGCGGCAACUUCAAACAGAUGUAAGGAUCGGUCACUAUUUUGAAUGUCAUGCUUGAUUCUACACCA